AUGGCCAAGUUCCACUGUGAUGUAUGCUCCUCAGAUUGUACGAGAAGAAUAAGAAUCAGAUGCGCAGAAUGUAACGAUUAUGAUCUGUGUGUUCCAUGUUUUUCCAUGGGGCGAGCAACCGGCAUACAUAAGCCUUGGCAUGCUUAUAGGGUGAUAGAGCAAAAUCAAUUUCCGGUUUUUGAUGAGAAUUGGGGUGCAGAUGAAGAGCUUUUAAUGGUAGAAGGAUGCCAGACUCUUGGAUUGGGAAACUGGCAUGACAUAUCGAAUUAUAUAGGAGGAAGAUCGAAAGAAGAGGUGGGUGCUCAUUACGAAAAAGAAUAUCUGCAUUCUGAUUACUACCCGAUUCCAGAUCUUAAUAAAUCGUACCGAGAUCUAUCUACAACCCGAUUUCUUAACAGGCGGAGAGAGAGGCUGGAUGCAAGGAAAAAUUUACCAUUACCUCCACCGCAAAAGAUUUUGACGUCUGGUCCUAUGUGCUCUGAUAUUCAAAGAUAUAUGCCAGGUCGUUUAGAGUUCGAAAUAGAGGCUGAUGAUGAUGCAGAGAAGGUUGUGCAGGACAUGACCUUUGAACCUGGCGAGUCGGAUGAGGAUAUUCAGUUAAAGCUUUUGAUAUUGCGGAUUUAUGACGAAAAACUAACAAUGAGGUGUGAACGCAAGCGUCUAAUUCUCAAAGAUGGUUUACUCAAUUAUCGUCAGAAUAAUGCAAUUGACAAGAAAAGAACGAAGGAAGAGAGAUGGCUGUACAACAGGAUUAAACCUUUCGCAAGGUUAAUGAGCGCCGAAGACUUUCCGGAGUUUUCUAAAGAUAUCAUGGAGGAGUUUAAGAUUCGGAAACGCAUUCACCAGUUGCAAGAAUGGCGGCAAAACGGAAUAACAAAGUUUUCAGACGGUGAACGUUAUGAGAAGGAGAGAGCCAAUAGGAUUGCUAGAUUUUCUAUGCCUUCUAGUGGGACAAGACAUGGCCAUGCACACUCUGGCAGACAUUCCAGAUCACAGACACCCGAGUAUUCCGCCAAAUGGGGCAGGAAGAGUGCAUCGAUAUUUUCAUCCAUAUAUUCUGAUCAUCCGGAUUUGUCUGCUGCUCCAGACUAUGACUUGCUUUCCGAUGAUGAAAAGCACUUGUGCACAACGUUAAGUAUGCUUCCUAAGCCGUAUCUGGCAAUUAAGGAGGCCAUGUUUCGUCAGUUACUGGGUAAUGGUGGUGUUAUGAAAAAGCAGACUGCCAAAGAUUUAUUGGAUGUUGAUUCUACAAAAAUGUCUAAGAUUUACGAUUUUUUUGUUCAACAGAAAUGGUGUACCGCCAGCUAA